UUUGUCUUCCCAAUCUAGAACCUGCGUACCAAACGCGUCCUUAGAGUUACUCUGUCACUCAAGAGUCAAUUACUUCCUCCCCCAGUUUGGUAGUGAGUUACAACUAAUAAUGAAGGCUCACAUGUUAUUCCUAUAAUAACAUCAGUGCACUGAACUUAACUUAACUUUGGGGGCAGAAGACUUAGGAGGAAGAAGAUAAAAAGGAAAGAAACAAAAGUACGAUGAGUGGUGGUGAGGAAGAGAAAACGCUAGAGUACACGCCCACAUGGGUUGUUGCGGCGGUCUGCACCGUCAUAGUGGCCAUUUCUCUGGCUCUGGAGCGUCUGCUCCACUACGGCGGCAAGUUCUUGAAGAAGAAGGACCAGAAGCCUCUGUAUGAAGCGUUGCAGAAAGUGAAGGAAGAGCUUAUGCUGUUGGGCUUUAUCUCGCUCCUGCUCACCGUUUUCCAGAAUGUAAUCGCCAAAAUCUGCGUGAAGCACGGAGUCAUGGAGCAUCUUCUUCCUUGUAAACUCGAAGCGGAAGCGGAAAACACCACUUCCCAUUUUGCCCAUUUCCGGCGUCUGGCGGAGGAAACCACCGCGGCCCAAAGUGGGUAUUGCGAGGCAAAGGGUAAGGUACCGUUGCUAUCUACAGAGGCACUGCAUCAUCUUCAUAUCUUCAUCUUUGUUCUGGCCAUUGUUCAUGUGGUGUUCUGUGUUUUGACUGUGGUCUUCGGAGGGAUGAAGAUCCGGCAAUGGAGAGCGUGGGAGGAUGCGAUCGCGGCACAGAAUUAUGACUCCCAACAAUUUAUUAAUAAAAAGCAUAAGUUUACUCGUGUUCAGGAGCAUGCUUUUAUCAAAGAACGGUUUCUGGGAAUGGGUAAAAAUUCAGCCUUGUUGGGCUGGAUUCAUUCUUUUUUCAAGCAAUUUUAUGCAUCUGUUACAAGAUCGGAUUAUGUGACGUUGCGGCUGGGUUUUAUUAACACCCACUGUAAGGCGAAUCCCAAGUUUAAUUUUCACAAGUACAUGAUCCGAGCUCUGGAAGAUGAUUUCAGAAAAGUGGUGGGUAUAAGUUGGUAUCUUUGGGUGUUUGUGGUCAUUUUCUUGCUGCUGAAUGUGAAUGGUUGGCAUACUUAUUUCUGGAUUGCUUUCCUGCCUUUCUUUCUUUUAAUUGCUGUGGGGACUAAGCUUGAGCAUGUGAUUACCCAAAUGGCUCAUGAUGUUGCUGAGAAACACAUAGCCAUAGAGGGGGAUCUAGUAGUUACACCAUCCGAUGGCCACUUUUGGUUUGGAAAGCCUAAGCUUGUGCUCUUCUUGAUUCAUUUCAUCCUUUUCCAAAACGCUUUCGAGAUUGCGUUUUUCUUCUGGAUUUGGGUUCAGUAUGGUUUCGACUCCUGCAUCAUGGGGCAAGUGCGCUACAUUGUGCCCAGGCUUGUCAUUGGGGUGUUCAUUCAGGGGCUGUGUAGUUAUAGUACUCUGCCACUCUAUGCCAUUAUCACACAGAUGGGGACCUCCUUCAAGAAAGCUAUAUUUGAGGACCAUGUGCAAGUAGGCCUUGUUGGUUGGGCUCAAAAGGUUAAGAAAAAGAAGGCCGCUGCUGCUGACGCCUCCAGCUCUGGCUCUGGUUCUGUCCAAGCAAGUUCCCAUGGUGGUAUUGGCUCUGCUCUCGGAAUUCAGAUGGGGAAACUUGCUAAGAAGGCAACUAAGCCGGAGGAGAAUAUUUCAGUACAGAAGAAGGAGGAGGAGAAUAACUGAAAAGUAUGUGUUUUUUGUAGAAUGAAUUAGCAAUAGUCGUUGUAUUGAGAUUCCAGAUCUUCUGCUUGUUUUUGCUUGACUUCUGAUCUAAGCUUGUUACUUCCAAUUAUCAAUGGAAAUGACUCUGGAUUCUAGUGAGUGAUACUCACAGUUAUCA